UAAAUAGUCUCUGUCAUCACCCAACUGCUCAAACACACUGGGUCAAAAAAACAACAGCGUUCAACACCGAAUCUGAGGUGUGGUCUCGGCGUCUGUUCGGGGACUGUGUUCGAAAGGAUCGCGUAUUAACUCUGUUUUUAAGCCGUCAGGGAGUGGAUCUGUCUCGGACGCCAUCUUUUUAGCAGCAGCAGCCCGGGAGGGUGAAGAGCUGCUGGGCAACACCGGGCUGGAGGAGUUUCUGCUCCGGAGACUCAUGCUUGACAGCGACCGUUAAGUUGUUUUGCUACUGAUUCGGGGUCGACAGGGGUAAUUCUGUCUUAUGGGUUUGUUGUUGUUGGAGGAGUUUGCUUGGGCUGGCUGAUCAUCCUGGCCUGUUGGGAGGGUGGUGGUCCGUAUGAGGCCGCUGUCUUGCAGAUGAGCCAUCAGUGGGGGCUGUCGUGUCACAGACCCAGAUAGUGACUGGCGUCGCCCAGCAUGCCCAACGCUGUUCGCACGGGGAGUCUGAAGGACCCCGAUGUCGCUGAGCUCUUCUUUAAAGAAGACCCCGAAAAGCUCUUCUCUGACUUAAGGGAGAUUGGUCAUGGCAGCUUCGGUGCUGUAUACUUUGCACGGGACGUGCGGACCUCAGAGGUCGUGGCCAUUAAGAAAAUGUCAUAUAGUGGGAAACAGUCCAAUGAGAAAUGGCAAGAUAUAAUAAAGGAGGUGAAAUUCCUUCAGAGGAUCAAGCACCCAAACAGUAUAGAGUAUAAAGGAUGCUACCUGCGAGAGCACACAGCAUGGCUGGUUAUGGAGUACUGUCUGGGGUCUGCUUCAGAUCUCCUAGAGGUGCACAAGAAACCUUUACAAGAGAUGGAGAUAGCAGCAAUUACUCAUGGCACUUUGCUGGGGUUAGCAUACCUCCACUCCCACAACAUGAUUCACAGGGAUAUCAAGGCUGGGAACAUCCUGCUCACAGAGCCUGGACAGGUGAAGCUGGCAGACUUUGGUUCUGCUUCUAUCGCCUCUCCUGCUAAUUCUUUUGUGGGGACUCCUUAUUGGAUGGCUCCAGAGGUGAUCCUGGCUAUGGAUGAGGGUCAAUAUGAUGGGAAGGUUGACAUCUGGUCUCUAGGAAUAACCUGUAUUGAAUUAGCUGAAAGGAAACCUCCACUCUUCAACAUGAAUGCAAUGAGUGCCUUAUACCACAUCGCGCAGAACGAGAGCCCAAACCUAGAGUCCAGUGAAUGGUCGGACUACUUCAGAAACUUUGUGGACUCAUGCUUACAGAAGUUGCCCCAGGACAGACCCAACUCCGAAGAGCUGUUGAAGCAUGCAUUUGUCCAGCGCGAGCGGCCGAAGUCAGUGCUUAUUGACCUGAUCCAGCGCACCAAAGAUGCGGUGAGAGAGCUGGACAACCUGCAGUACCGCAAGAUGAAAAAGAUCCUCUUCCAGGAGGCCCACAAUGGUCCUGCGGCAGAGGUCCCAGAUGACGAGGAGGAGGUGGAGCACAGUGUUGGACGUACAGGCACAGUGAACAGUGUGGGGAGUAAUCAGUCCAUCCCUAGUAUGUCCAUCAGUGCCAGCUCACAGAGCAGCUCCGUCAACAGUCUGCCUGAUGCCACUGAUGACAACAAGAGUGAGGUGGAUCUUAUGGAGAAAGACCAAACCAUUAUACCUAACAGCUCUGUGAUUCACAUCAAACCGGAGGAAGAGAGCUAUCCAGAAGACACAGAAGCUCCGAGACAACCGUCAGAACCCCAGUCUCCCCCAGUACAGACACCGCGGCGUCAAUACAGGAACCGAGAGCACUUUGCCACCAUCCGCACAGCCUCCCUGGUUACUCGUCAGAUUCAGGAGCAUGAGCAGGACUCUGAGGUGCGAGAGCAGAUGUCUGGAUACAAACGUAUGCGCAGACAGCACCAGAAACACCUUCUGGCCCUGGAGAACAAAAUGAAGGGCGAGAUGGAUGAGCACAGACUCAAACUGGACAAGGAACUGGAAAACCAGAGGAACAGCUUUGCUACCGAGAUGGACAAACUCAUCAAGAAGCACCAAGCCACCAUGGACAAAGAUGCCAAGACUUUUGCCAACGAUGAGAAGAAGUUCCUGCAGCACAUUCAGACCCAGCAGAAGAAGGAGCUAAACGGCUUCCUGGAGUCUCAGAAACGCGAGUACAAACUGCGCAAAGAGCAACUCAAAGAGGAGCUGAAUGAGAACCAGUCCACACCAAAGAAGGAGAAGCAGGAGUGGUUGUCCAAGCAGAAGGAGAACAUCCAGCACUUCCAGGCGGAGGAGGAGGCCAACCUUCUUCGCCGGCAGAGACAGUACCUGGAGCUCGAGUGCCGAAGGUUCAAACGGCGUAUCCUGCUCAAACGUCACAAAGUGGAACAAGAUCUUAUAAGAGAGGAGCUGAAGAAGCGUCAGACGCAGAAGGAUCUGGAGCAUGCCAUGCUGCUCCGACACCACGAGUCCAUGCAGGAGCUGGAGUUCAGACACCUGAGCAACAUCCAGAAGAUGCGUGCAGAGCAGAUCCGCCUGCAGCACCAGACUGAGCUCACCAACCAGCUGGAGUACAACAAGCGCAGGGAGAGGGAGCUCAGACGCAAACACGUCAUGGAGGUCCGACAGCAGCCCAAGAGCCUCAAGUCCAAAGAGCUACAAAUCAAGAAACAGUUCCAGGAUACAUGUAAGAUCCAGACCCGGCAGUACAAAGCCCUGCGGAACCACCUGCUGGAGAGCACACCAAAACCCGACCACAAGACCAUGCUGAAGAGACUGAAGGAGGAACAAACGAGAAAACUAGCCAUCCUUGCCGAGCAGUACGACCACACCAUCAACAACAUGCUCUCCACACAGGCUUUGCGUCUGGAUGAGGCGCAGGAGGCCGAGUGUCAGGUGCUGAGGAUGCAGCUGCAGCAGGAGUUGGAGCUGUUGAAUGCAUAUCAGAGUAAGAUCAAGAUGCAGACGGACGCACAGCAGGAGCGAGAGAGGAAAGAGCUGGAGCAGAGAGUGUCCCUGAGGAGAGCCCUGCUGGAGACCAAGAUCGAGGAGGAGAUGUUGACCUUGCAGAAUGAACGCACAGAGAGGAUCCGCAGCCUGCUGGAACGUCAGGCCAGAGAAAUCGAGACCUUCGAUUCCGAGAGCUUGCGCUUGGGCUUCAGCAACAUUGUGUUGGCUAACAUCUCUCCUGAGGGCCUCAGCCACAGCUUCCCUGGAGCCAGUUGGAUCCCCCAUCAGCACCACGCGGAUAGCUCUCUGGGGACUCAAUGGGGCAGCAGCACUGGUUCAGGAUCCAGUCACCACUACCACUCCAGCCAGGCAGGAUCUCCGGCCCUGCAGAGCUGGGGUCAAGCCAUCCCAGGAGGUGGGCUUCCACCGUGCGGCCACUCCUCAGGCCCUCCAGGGGCCAUGCCAAAAAGCAGUACAGGGUUGCCCAACAGCCCCCAGGGGGGGCCCACUGAGCAGGGCAUGAGUAGGAGCACCAGCAUCACAUCACAGAUAUCUAACGGUUCACACCUGUCUUAUACAUAGACACCAGUGCGUUUGUGCCAACCCUCCACACAGAAACAUAAACACACAGGGUAGGGGAACGCACUUGCCCAGACUCAAGACUGGCACAGAGAGCAGAGCUAACUGCACUUGUCUCUCUACUCCCACUCUUCCUUUUUGUUGUCUCUAUAUCUCUCAUUUCCGCUUUUCUCUCUCAUUUCAGUCUCUUACUUGCAGAUAUGUAAACUAUAGUAAAUAUUGCUCAGGUCAAAAGGAAUUCUAACUUUGCAUGAAACUUGUUUGACAACCAUGCAGAGCUAGAGUCAAGAACAUUAGUCUGAUCAUUCAGAGCUCACUUGAAGAGUUAUUUAGUGCUAAAAUUAUAGAUAUAAAUAUUAAAUAGAUGUUUACUUGGCUUUAGUCCACUUGAUAUGUGGAUUCAUAAACCAAACUGAUGGAGAAGUUGGUCGCAAUUUUCACAUUAUCUGCAAAUAAAUGAAAUCCUAAAUGAUUAUGUAAGAAUGCAAGGGAUAUGGAUAUCUAGAUGCAGUUACAAAAGCUCCUGAACAAUCAGCCUGCUGUCAUGCUCUAGGAAUGAAAAAUUGGGGUUUUAAAAAAGAAAGAAAUCAAGAUGACUUUUUGCAGUAUAUGUAAUGUGGUGUGUUAAGAAGAGUCAGGCAAGUAAAUGUUUUUAAGUAUUUAAAGUAUUUAAUUUGUCAGAGUUUUAAAUUAGUUUAUUCAAUUGCAGUGAGGAUCUCGGAUGUUUGCCUACAUUUAAGCACUGGAUUUUUUUCCCCCCCAGAAAUUACUUGCGACUCAAAAUCCAUUUCAAUUUGGUGUGUAUAUACAUGCAUACAUACUUGACCUUAUAGAAUUUUUGUCACAUUUAUUUGGCCGUUAAACAUCAAUGAGGCUGUGUUUCCCAAGCAGUGUGUUUUAGCAGAGUGUACGAUUUAAUGAACUGUGCUAGCAAGCUCCGAUCUACAGCGUCACUUACUUUUUUUUUAGUCUGUACUUGAAUUAAGCAACAUGGUUAUGGCCAGGCAGUCUGUCUUUAGUCUCAUCCUUUGAUAUUCCCUUUAUUUUAUUACAUAAGCUAGUUUACAUCUGUGUUGUUUGUCCAGACACAUGAUGCAAAGAAAAAACAGUAUAUUUUUGAUUUUGUGGUUACUUCAGAUAAAAUAUGUUUAGGUAUGCAAUGCCACUAAAGAGCUAAAGGAUAUCAGAUGUGUGUUCAGUGCCUUUAAUGUGUUGAUUCAGUGUAGAUACUCCAAGAUAUGUUUUAAUGUACCCAGAAAAAAAAACCUUCCAAAUUUACAUAAAUUUUAAUCCCGUCAUGACAGAAUGUAACUGAUCGGGAAUAAAGACUGAUGCUUCAUACUAGAACAAGGAGAGUGUGUGUUAAGUGUGCGCGUUCCUCCUACAUGCAGUACAUGUCAUGUGUGACAGGCUUAUGUUUUCCCACAAGGUAAAACUAAACACUAACACAAACUUUUGAGGUGCCUUUUAAUAUCUGCCAAGCAGAAGCACUUUAUGUAGAGUGUCGUAUUUUGGGGAAUAUUUUGACAAACGUUUGGAACCAUGAAAAUGACGGAUGCGGGCAUAGUGUGUGUGUGUGUGAUGCCACUUGGUGAGUGACUGACCUGGAGUUCUCCAGAAUUUUUUUUUCAGGGUUCAGUUUAUUAAAGGAGAUCUAUUUGUUCACUGUAUGGAAGAGGUAGCUAUGAAAGUGCAAACUUGUUUCGGGGUUUCUCAGUGAAUUUCUUUGGAUGGUAUCUUCAUGAUUUUUAUUUUUUUUCUCCCCCAAAGGAAAUCAAUGACAAUGCAGAACCUUUUUGAAUGUACUUUGUCCCCCAUUAUGUUUGUGUCAUGUUUGUUUGGCACUUUGGGAAUGUUAAAACCGUAGGAGCAUAAACGACUUCCUCUUUUUCUUAAGAUCAUGACAGCAGGCUUUGUUCUAUGAUUCAUAACAGGCUCUUGUGGAGCAGGCAAACAAUUUAUUUGGUCUCAAGACCUCCACAUUAAACGGGUGUGUUCACUGUAUCGCACUCCUACACUACCAGUUGAAUUUUUGGACGCAUCUAAUCAUCAUUAUUUAUUAUUUCUAUUUUCCACAUAUUAGAAUACUAGUGAAGUCAUCUAAACUAUGAAGUAUCAUAUGGAAAUGUGUGUGUGUGUGGGGGGGGGUCUUUUUGUGAACAAGACAAUAUUUAACAAAUCAAAAUGUCACAUCUUGUAUUUGAGCUUACUCAAAGUAGCUAUCCUUGCACAAUCUGGGCAUUCUAUACAACUUCAAGAGGUAUCCACCUGAGAUGCUCUUAAAAUAUCAUUAAAUGAGUCAAUACACUUUGGUCAAGUACCAAACUUUUUACUGGUCUAGCGUAGGUCUAUGAAGAACACUAGAUGUAUUUUAAUAAAUCAAUAGAUGCCCCAAUUAUAUAAAAGCCAAAAUAUGUAAUUACAUUUUUUUUCCCUCAUUAGUUGGCUGGUAAAAGCAACUGAGAUGACCAUGCACUUGAGUAGUUUCCUCUUAAUCUGGCAGGAAACCCUGUGGUCUCUUUAUCCCCGCUAUCUGUCUGUCCUCUGUGCUGCCCAUACCGCAGGUGUCGGUGCCCAGUAUUGUGAGGAAUUGAGCUGUGCUGCCGAUGCCCCUGCCUGCCCUCACUCUUUCCCUCAUCCUUGUGAAUUUUUAUUCGUGUUUUAACACUUCUGAUGUAGUAUUUUACCCUCACUUUUUCCCUUGUGCAAUUAUUGAAGACAAAUGUCUCCAGGCAGGACACGUCUCUCGCCCUCCUUUAUGUUCUAUGUCAAAAGAGCCUCUUAUUACCAAAUGGAUCCAGCUCUAAUGUGAAAGUCUAGAGGAGUCACCCGGGGAGAGGGUUCAUAUUGUAUAUUUGAUCAAAAUAAAGAUUUAGAAUACAUGGAAAUUAACAAAAUUGAUGGUGGGUUCCCCUCCAUCUCUGCAUGUGGACAAAUGUUUUAAAAGAAUCCUAUUUCGAAACUAUUUACCUUUAGCUAGUCCAGGGAUGGUUCGUCCAAAAAAGAAAAUUCUGUCGUAAUUUUCUCACUUUCAUGUAGUUUCAAACCCGCAUGACUUAUGUUAUUGCAUCUUUUUCUUUCCAUACAAUGAAAGUGAAUGGUGACUGAGGCCAACAUUCUGCAGGACACCCCUUUUUUUGGUUCCAUAGACAAAGAAAGUCAGAUGUUUUUGGAUGUGAGGGUGAAUAAAUGAUGAUGGAAUUUUCAACAAUACAAUGAGACUCACUCUGGGGCUUCGGAGUUGAACUUCAGGGAGUAGUGUGUGUUUACAUGUCAACUCUGCACACUUUGUUUUCCAUUUGUAUUUGAACAUUAGUCUGUUGAUCACAGGAAAGCUUCUGCACAUGCCAUUGUCCUCUGUAUUCUGAAACGCCUUUAUUCUGAACCCUACAUUCAUGUGAAUGUCAGAAGGUGCAGUAUCAUCCAGUAUACUAUGACUUCAGUUUAAGGGCACAAAUGUGCAGAACAGCGCUGUUAAAGGAUCGUCACAUUUUUAAUAAUAGUCCUCCCAUUGGUCUAUAUUUUGAUAUCAAGGUAUACCUUUUGGUUUUGACCAACAAACAAUCAGUUUAGUACAAUUAUUAUUAUUUUUUUAUCCAUUUCGUUUAUAAGAAUACAUUUUGGGUGAGGGCUGUUUCAAUUUGGUUGGCAUUCAUAAUUGUGAUAACCGUUUAUUUGUCAUACCUGAUACUUGUCAUUUUAUUUUUUAUCAUAGUUUUAAACUUUUGUCCUACUGACUGAAUUUAGUGGAUUUGUAAGUUAUACUGCUAUUUGAGAAAUACUAGUAUGAAAUGCAAACGUUUUUUAUAAUGGAGGUUCAGCCUCUUGUCAAACACUGUGCCAUCCCACAGCUGCCAAGCCCGGUCACUACUGCAAAGUCUCCUCUCCAGAGAAACUAACUGAUGGGCUUUAAGAGAGAGAAUGUUAUUUUAAUUCUAAUGGGCCUGAAUGCUCCCAUUGCCAACACUACAAAAAAAUGAAAUAAGGUGUGAUAGAGAGGGGCUGGUCAAAGGGGAAGGGCUACAUGUCUGUAAAGAACAUCAGUAUUCAUUCGCUGUGCUCGAAAAUUGCAUAAUAAACUGUAUGCCAUUUCCAGCGCACGCAUUGUCCUCUGGCUCAGCAUCACCACUAUGACUCGUAUGUAACCUGUAUCAAAAUGUAGAGAUUGUGUAUCAUGUUCUUGAAUGUCAAAAAAGAUUAUACAAAAAGUUUAAAAAUACAAAAUAAAUGACUUGAAAUUGUAUUGAAGUAUUCCUAAAUCAGAGAAAACAAGUCUAGGGAUAAAUUAAAAAUUAUUAUUCUGUUCUGUAAUAUUGUGUUGAUGGAGGAACACUGGUCAGAGGAUCUGAUGUAAUAAAAUUACAUUUA